CGCGUACAUAAAUGACGACAUUACAUUCAAUAUGGCUGUCAAAUAUUACAACGCUGCAGUUUGACAGCUAAACACUUCCAAACGCACGCUUGUCAUUAAAGAAAAAAGUAAGAAAUGGGAAGUGGUGGAUCGAAAGCCAAGACGGUUAAGAUUAAAGAAAUAGAGGACACAACCAAGUCAGACAAACGCCGGAAAUCCAAUUUAAGCAACAGAGAAUCAGAGCUGCCUCGUACGCCGGAACACCGCAAGCCACCAAAAGGCAUCCGGCGACCUUCCCCUCAUAGACACAAUCGAGGCUCCGGGUCGGCACCGCCCGCGGAAAACUUCGUGCCCUACGAGGCAGAGGACCUGAGUCUUACUGGCGACUGGGAACUGGAGAAAAGCAUAGAUAAUGAAACGCCGCUCGAGGACAUCGCGUACCCGGCCCCGCGACCCGGAAACCCCGCGGCGGACAGAAACGAACUGCAGAAAGUCGACUUUGAGGUCAUCAAGUUUCAGAUAUUCAGGUCCCUUGUUCGGGCUUCAAACUACUGUACGUUGAGCCACACAAAUCCAAUCAGCCCAAAGGGAACAUUUAUGGGAGUUGCCAUGGCACUGACGGCGCCCCACGACCUAGAUAUCGCGCGGGUUCGAGCCUUGGUCACCUGGCUAGGGUGCCAGAAGAUCCGGUCGCGCCAGUACGGUUCAGACACAAAGAAAGGCACAGUGCUUGGAUACAUGAAACAGAUAAAAGAUCUGCAGGGGACGUUUGCUGGGCUUUUAACACUUUUAUGCAGGUCCGUCAAUAUCCCGUGCGUCAUUGUCAAAGGGAUAUACCGGUCCUCGAACCAUCGCGUAGGAGAAGAUGACGUCACAGAAUCUCGCUGCACGUGGUGUGCCGUGUACAUGGACGGCGCGUGGCAGCUGGUUCAUCCGUACUUGAUGUGCACGCCGCUGUCAACAAAAUCGCCCUCAGACGACUGGAAGUUAAUCGAGUCGACCAAAUCCGAAGUGCCGCCGACGAAGGGCACCAUCUUAAACAAUUUUUUCUUCGUACCUAAGCCUUCGGAUUUCAUUCUUUUCUGCUUUCCGGACGAGAAAAAGUGGCAACUCCUCGAGGACGCAAUUCCUUACCAAAAGUUUAUCAAGUCGCCAUUCUUACGCUCGGCAUUUUAUGAAUCAGGAAUGCAACUGAAAACAACCGCAUCGAGUAUUCUUAAAUCCGAAGGGGGAAAAUGCACGAUUAAAAUUCAAUGUACCCAAGAAAAUGCCAACAAAACUGUACUCAUGUACGAUCUCUUUAGCCUUGACCUUGAACUGAAGUGGGGCCCGGAUGAAGGUCGCGUGGUGCUGUGUGGACGUAACGAGGACACGUGGAACGUGCAAGUGAAGUUUCCAGUUGAGGGAACCUACAAAUUGUCACUAUUUGCACUCAUCGACGACAGUUGGUUCUUUUGGAUAGGAGACUUCAAGAUCGUUUGCGAGGAUCCCUAUCACAACUUCGUACCCGCACCGUUCGUACCCGAUGAUGUGGGGUACGGACCGAGCACACUGAGCGAAAGGGCGGGGCUACUUUGCCCUUCCCAUGAGGGCGGGAUAGUCUUCUACAAACCAAAGGAAACCCACGUGAUCAAGUUCCUAGUUGUAGAAAAAAUCGUUUUAAGAUACGCCUUGGAGCACUCGAAGUACAGUACGGCGUCGCUGGCGCACCACUGCCGAUUGACAAAACACAAGGGCGAGGUGGACCUGGCCGUCACGCUUCCACUUCCCGGGCAGUUCGCGCUGCGCGUUCUCAAGGGCAACGCGCACGGGGAUUUCGAGAACGUCAUCAACUACCUAUUCACGAGCGAGGACGACGGGAGAAGCAGAGAGAACGUGUUUCAGCGGAAGGCGCGCUGGAACCUCCGGGAGGCUUCCGCGGGAAGGAACGUGAUAGCGCUCGAGGGCGCCCUCGCAAAGUUCACCAGCGUCAAGCUGGAGCCGGAUGACGACCACCUGAGGGGCUCUCGCAGACUGAGAUACUUGAAACUCAAGAAAGGUUUACGCGAUGGACGUAUGCGACGUCAUGAGGAUACGUUAGCUAAAGCGGUGGAUGAGGCGGAGAUGUCAACGUUCCGGGUCGCGUUACGUCACAACAUUGAUAAAGCGAAGGCCUUACUGGCCACACUUCAGGACAUCGAGAUCACGUGCCAUAGCGUCCUUAAUCUCGAGCAAAAGACUAUCUCUGAGAUAGCGAACUUUGCGAGCCCACCUAAGGACGUCCACUUUACGAUGAUAGCAACGUAUCUAUUGCUGGGGGAGAAAAAGCAACACUUGAAGAAAUGGGGCAACAUCCAGACGCUGUUGCGACGACAGGGCAAGGAGAGUAUCAAGAACCGCAUCAAUAACUUUGCUGAGACUCCCGCCCCGGACAAGAGCACGGUAAAGAGGGCGCAGAAGUUUCAUGAUGCCGUGCCCAAACCCUACAUCGUAUCCGCCAGUCUGGCAGCCGCCGCAUUCUACGACUGGGUCAGCGAAGUGCUCUCGCAUUUAAAUAAUUGUUCCCUGAAUGCAACGGAUGGUGACGACUCCGUUGAAAGUCAAGACCUUGACCUUUCAGAAAGUGUUUACCUUGGUAAUAAGGAUGAUGAAAAUCCAGGAAACAGCCCCAGAGACAAAGCUUUCUUGGAUGCAUGAUUCGUUGAGAUUCGUUGAGAUUAAUAGUCCCAAGAAAAAGGACUGUUUAAGUUUGCCUUUCUUGCAUUUGUAUAUCUGAUCCUUGUUAACUAUGUUCGUGUGUGUAUUGAUAAUAUCUGUGGACGUUGUGGCGAUUCAUUAUCAUUCUCAAAAUACAAAAUGUACAUACACAUGUAUACAAAUGUUCACACAUAUAUCCUUAAAUUGUACCAUGAAGUGCCAUAUUUGUGAUUUAAAAAAAACGUUCAUGCCUAUUAAGUCUGUGUCAUAUAUUUAAAAAUGAUAAUUUAAAAUUUCAACCUUGUUUUUGUAUAGUAGAGAACAAAAUGUAUAUAUAGGCGUAAAUGCUAUAAAUGAAAUUUAACCAA